AUGUCUGAUGGCAGGACGUAUACCUCAGUGAGCGUAGAGUCUUGUGCGGAAACAUCUUUCCAAGCUCUUGUCUGGAGCUCUGAUGUCUUUCCAGCAUGCGAUGACUUGGUCACAAUAAGCAUCAACAUUGCAGACUUGGAAGGAGUGUGUACAUUCUCCCAGUCGGAUGUGAUUGAAUCUAACACACUGUACAGACAAUACAGAGGGAGUGUAGUAGUGGUUUACAGUGAAAGCGUUCCCGUCACUUCUGGGUCGAGCACAACACGAACUAGCACCUUCACUCUACCCAUAGAUAUCAAAUUACAAGGCAACGUAGCCGCUACCACGACCACGACCACGGACGUCGCAGUAUUCAGUGCCUUCGAUUUACAGGCAGCCAUCUCUGGAUUAGUAAUCUCUGAUGGAGCGCCUACGAGCUUAGUUUACAUUUCGUAUGGCUUGCCAUACCCGUAUAGCGUCACAUCCUUCAAUCCUACGCUCACACUGUCUGGGGGCACACUAGUCCAAAGUGCUGUAGUCACAUCGCCAGUAUCCGCAGAAAGGUGCAACCAUGCGGGUGCGACAGAGUAUAGUUAUGCUAACAAUGUAUGUUUCAAAACCCUAGGAAUAGACAUCACACACGGAUCUUCAUGCACACUAGACGGUAUAUACACCAUCAACACUGUAGGUGUCAAUUGUGGAGACAAUGUACCAGCCAGUGAUUGUCCCUUGGCUGCAGAGGAUACAAGUUCAUCCGUGAGCUUUACACUCGUAAGCGAGAAUUUCUGCGAUGGUAUGGGAUUGAAUGCAAUUAUUGAUGAUGCGGUGACAAUAGCAGAGUUCACUACAUUCCAUGAAGAGGAUGUGCAGAGUGGUACACCCACCACACAACGUGCCUUUCUGUUUGGCGAAGAUGUGUGGUUUAAAAUGAGUUUUGUUGGUCUGAAGAUUUUCAGUGUGGCUAUGGAUUCCUUGGUAACCGACUUGAAUGCCAAUGACCACAAGUUCACCAUGGUGGAUGCGGGCACGAAUUUGGGGUUCGAUGUCGAGACGCAGUUGUACUGGUUCAAACAUGAGAUCACCGAGUCGUUUGUUGGUGCAGAUCCAGGUCCAGGUAAUUCACAGUCGGCUGUGGUGACUGUAACAAUAACCACUUCGUAUGAAGAACCUGUACGUAGACGGAGGCGAAGGAGACGUGCAGUAAGCAGAAGCAGUCAGGACAUGGUUAACGAAGGUACACAUAACGAGAGGGACAAGAAUAGGAUACAUGUUGGGCGUGCACGCGGACGCAGAAUCAGUUUUGACGAUUUGAAGCCGAACAAUCCGGGUGUGUAUGAGCCAAUCGAUGGUGAAGAUAUCUUAGAUGAUGUACCUGUGAAACAGAAUAGCAUUCAAGAUAACGUAGGCGAGGUUGUAGAAAUGAACGAAGAAACCAAAGAUACUAAUGAAGACGUGUACGAUACAUUAGAUCUCAAACCAAAUGAUGUCGUAGGUGCCACUACUACUGCAACACCCAGUUCAACGAAAGAACCACCAACUAAAAGUGAUACAACUCCAACACCAAGUGGUAGUGGCACCACAGAACCAGAUGGCAACGCAGAUACUGCUGAAAGGCAAAGCAAGAAUACAACACCCACCCCUUCACCGCUUGUCUUGACGCCUAACAUCCCCACUGGAUCAUCGUUCGUAGAGGUGGAGAAAGGAGAAGUUGUAGUCGAAAAGGUGCAAACUGGUGAAAUUGAUGAAACUGGAGGCGAUAGCACAGGCAAUAGUACGGAAAAGGGCAUAGCGGACGGGAGUGUGUUUGUUAUCAGAGGUGACGAGGACGUUGAGUUUGUAUUCCACAACAAUGUGCCGUUAGGUACAUCUCCCACACCUAAGCCAGAGGUAACUACAACAGUGUCGGAAAGUGAUGUAGACAAUGAUGAUCUGUAUGGUGCUGGCGAUAAGCUCGUAGAGACAGGUCAAGGCUCUGUAUCUACACAGUUUAAGUUCGAAGGUGUCAUCGGGAAGCCCUUAGUUUGGGAUACCGACAUCUCACCUGGUGCGAGUAUCACACAAGGAGAGCAGAUUGUCUUGCGAAAGCGUAGAAGUACGGAUCAGAUGCGUAAACGUCGACUUAGGGGUCAAAUCAAUAUUUAGAUGUACUUAUUGAAUAAUUAGGGCUGUUUGAGCGCCAAGCUAGUAUUUACAAGUGAUAUCCCAAAUCAAUACUUAGAUGUACUUAUUAAAUAAUUAGGGAAUAUUUGAGUAUCAAGCUGGUAAAUAAAAGCGAUGUCCCA